GAGAGCGCGAAAGAGAAGGGCAGAGCGGCCAUCAUUACUAGUGGCAACGCAUUCACUGACAGAUCAAUAACAGACGACAGAAUUCGUUUGUUCUUCACCCCUCUUUGAGUAAACCGAUCUCGGAUAGGCGGAAUUAGAGAGGGUCCAGUGGACGGGGGGAGAGGAGGAGACAGACAGGAAAAAAACAAAGAUGGCAGUGUAAAUUAAAGGAAGGACUAUCGAAAAGACUCUGCUGCAAACUGAUAACUUUUAGGCUUUCGGCGAAUCCCGGUCGUGUCGGAGUGUUUCGGUUGUGAUCGGAAGGUGUACCGGAGGAAAAGAGCCCGACUGGGUCUCGGAGAGUCGCUGUGCGCGUGCUGUCACGGCGGAUAACGGCACUGAACAACAGCCUGUUGUUUUGUUGAGUCUUCGCUGUUUUUUCUCUCUCUCUUCUGAUCUGAAGCUUACCUGAGACCUAUCUAAAAACACAGCCAUUCGUGUACGCCAAACCUUAGUAAAAACACAGAUGCAUUUAUAUAAACUGUCCCAUAACUUACUGUCGUAUUACCCAGAAUUUACCUAUUUGAACUGACGCUUGAUGUUUUACAACUGAGUGCAUUGUUGGCUAUCCAGACUCCCCAUAAUUAUAGGCCAAGUAGCGUGAAAAAUCCUGGAAAUUUCACCCUGACAGUCAGCAGAUCCUGUGCUCGGUCAGCCCAUAUAUCCCCCGUGACUCAGUCGGAUGUCUUCUAUGGAAGAGCGGAUGGAAUUAGGCGUCGCGGCCGCCCCGGGCUCCUCAUCAUCGGGUCUGGGUGUAGGUCCUGUGGGUGGCGCAAUGGAUGCUGGCCCGGGGAGCGCAGGACUGGCAGGUAUCCAGGAGGAGUCCGGUGUGCGGAGAGACGGUGCUGGUUCCGAGCCCGACCCCGACGCGCCGCCCAAGAAGCGCGUGAGGCUGCAGGAAGGAGAAGCGGGGAAGCUCGAGGAGCGCCUGUACUCGGUCCUGUGCUGCACGGUGUGUCUGGACCUGCCUAAAGCCUCGGUGUACCAGUGUACAAAUGGGCACCUGAUGUGCACAGGUUGCUUCAUCCACCUGCUUGCUGAUGCGCGUCUAAAAGAGGAGCAGGCCACGUGUCCCAACUGCCGCUGUGAGAUCAGUAAGAGUCUGUGUUGCAGGAACCUGGCGGUGGAGAAAGCUGUGAGUGAACUUCCCUCUGAUUGCAGCUACUGCCUCAAACAGUUCCCUCGCUCCAGCCUCGAGCGCCAUCAGACAGAGGAGUGCCAGGACAGAGUGACGCAGUGUAAGUAUAAGCGGAUUGGCUGCCCAUGGCAGGGGCCAUUCCAUGAGCUCAGCGCCCAUGAGGCAGAGUGUUCCCACCCAUCCAAAACCGGCAUGGAGCUUAUGGGCAUUCUGGACGAGAUGGACCAGAGCCAUCGCAGAGAGCUACAGCUCUACAACGGAAUCUUCAGCCUGCUGUGCUUUGAGAAGAUCGGUUUUACAGAGGUGCAAUUCCGGCCAUACCGCACCGACGACUUCAUCACACGACUGUACUAUGAGACACCACGCUUCACAGUGCUAAACCAGACCUGGGUGCUGAAGGCACGGAUCAAUGACUCGGAGCGCAACCCCAACCUGUCCUGCAAACGCACGCUCUCCUUCCAGCUCAUCCUGAAGAGCAAAGUGAACUCUGCACUGGAGUGCUCCUUCCUGCUCCUGAAGGGCCCGUACGAUGAUGUGAAAAUCAAACCCGUCAUCCAACACCACGUCUUCUCCAACGACGCCAACGAAACCGAGUACGCCCUGCUGCCCAUCAGCGACAGCGUGGAGUGCAACAAGCUGCUGGCUGCCAAAAACAUCAACCUCCGCCUCUUCAUCUUUCAGAUCCAGAAAUAGAGGCAUGAGAUGAUGGGAUGGAAGAAACAGAUCAGACGACGGUUGGAGGAAGAGGGGAUGGUUUGAACAAAGGAAAAGCAAAAGAGGGGAAACGAGCACCACUGAACCACAGAUACCUCUACAGAAGCAAAAGAAGGAUGAAUACGACCCAUCAGCACUGCAGUAGAUUGUUUGUUUGUGUGUGAGUGUGUGUUGUUGCUGGUUAGCUUUCAGACCCUCUACAGCCAAAAAAAGUCAACAGUCUCACCCAACACCCUGCUGAUGUCUCAUUGGCAGAGCAGGACAGGCCUGAAUGUGUAACACCAAGAAUCUGGGACUGUAUUUGUGGUUUUUGGGCCAGGAUAUCAGAUCAGUGCGAGUGCUAGAGAUAGAGAGACAGCUGUAGUGCAACCAAUCAUUCAGGCAGCGUUCAACUCUGCGUUUGUGUGUUUUCAGUUUUACUCUCCAGGCUUACGCACACAGAUGCAGCAGUCGAGACUGCAUUAAGUGUAUUUUUGUAUGUGAAGGUGGCCAUUUUCACUGAAGCGCUGCAGUACAGUUAAGCUGAACAAAAUGGCUGCUGAAACCACAACCCGGAAGAUGCGAUUUGCAUGUUUUUAGUUUUCCAGUGUGCUCUCUGAAACGCCCAGUUUUAGUUGUGUAGCAUCAUAGCCUCGUAAACUAACUUAAGUUUUACCUUAUUAACACAUUUUAUUUAAGAACCUGUGAAUCUUGCCUUCUGUGAAUCGUUUUCUCCACUAUCUUGCCAUUUAACCCCUCUGGUUUAUGAACACAGGAACACUUCUCACAUCAUGAUGUCAGAUUAUAGGUAUUUAUAUUUAUUGCUUUUAUUUAACCUCCAUUAUUUAAUGAAGUAACAGACCUUUCUCAUUCACUCACUGGAAAUAUCUUAUUGUGAGCUAUUUUUACAGACCCCUUCCCUUCUUCCACCCUCAUCCACAUAGGCACACAAAUGACCUUCUUUCAUACCUUCAUUAAAAUUGCACACCCACACACACACAAAACUGGGGGUUACAAAAGAGCCAAUGGGGUAAUCGGAUCUCAGUUCAGAUGAACGCGUCUGUGACUUUAGUUUUGACAUACUUGAAUUCAUGAUCGACAGAACAACAAACAGUUAAACUGAUCUGGCAGAGACUCAAUUCUGAUUAGAGGAGUUUAGUUCAAACUGUUUCUGCAUUAAAAAGCUUUUAAUUCUGAUUCUGGCUGUAUAUGUGCCUUUCUAUUAAAGCUCAUUUAAACUUGU